CUGACGUCUCCUCCAUCUUGAGAAGGUCGGAAAAAGGCGGGUGAUCUGUAUUUCUCCAAAACACUUGCGAACAGGCAGAAAGAGAUUACGUAAUUACGGCUUCAGGAGCAACGAUAUGGGAGCCGGAAAUGGAAACCCAAAGAAUGUUGCGAAAAAGCAUGAUAUUAAUUGUACCUCCGGAGGGGAGAGAAGCCGGCUUGGGAAUAAAAUUCACAAUAAAAGUUGCAACAAAUAUGAGAGCAGGAGCAGCAUUUUCAAGUGGGAUAUGUCCAGGACAAGGUUUUUCACACAGCUUGGAUCUACGCAAGAGACGUUGAUUGGCUGGCUUACCUGUCUGUUGCCAUACCAGCCGAGGGUGCUACUGGAUUUAUUGGGAGGCUUUAGGGAACGGACGAGAAGCGUUUGGUGCAGAAGUUUUGCAAGCUACGUUGAGUGGGUCAUUUUCUACCAGAAGAAGCCCUUGCCUUUUCCACGGGCUCAACUCACACUUUCUCAACCCAGUAUGGUUCCGGAAGCAAAACCUGAUGUUGUCCACCACCCAUAUUGGCCUCGGAAUUUGGAACUCCAAAAUUACAUCCCAAAUGACCGACCCUUAUGGCAGCUCUUGACAUUCUUCUUCUCUAUUUUAGGAAUUCUCUUGCUAUUGACUUGGUUCGUAGCAGGUUGGCGAAGCAAGACAUGGGGCCCUUUUGGAACUUGGCGCACCUUGAUCAUUUGCUGGUUUACCAUCUGUGCUUUUGUUCAUGGUGUCAUCGAAGGCUGGUUUAUCCUUUACUAUAUGGAAAUCCCAGGGGAUCAAUCCAUUCUCUCGCAGUUCUGGAAGGAAUAUAGCAAAGGUGACAGCAGAUAUAUGAUAUCAGAUAAUUUCAUAGUUUGCCUGGAAACCACCAAUGCCUGUUUUUUGGGUCCCUUCAGUCUUUGGACUGCAGUCGCAUUUCUUUCACGUCAGUCCCAUCGAUACGUGUUGCAGCUAGUGGUGUCAGUAGGUCAACUAUAUGGUGACGUUCUCUACUUCUACACUGCAUACCGUGAUGGCUUUUGCCAUGGUGAGAUGUGGCACCCUAUCUACUUCUGGUUUUAUUUUGUCUGUAUGAAUGGUCCGUGGAUUAUCAUUCCCUCCAUUCUCAUCUGGGAUGCCUGGAAGCACUUCAGUGGUUGCCAGAGAGUAAUGGAUGCCAACAAGGUCAAGAAACAUUGAAGUUUUGCACAGGAGGUCAUAUUGGAUGGUACUUCCAGCCAUUCAGAGGUUGAUCUUGUAUUCUUCCUGUUCCUCUGCACUUGUUUAGAUAUUUUCUGUGGUUUUUCUGUUUGGUGGUGGUUAUUUUCUUCUUUAAAUAUUCAUAGCUCUUAAGCUAUGAUCUUAAAAUUAAGACUGCAGUUUUAUCUUCAUGAAGGUUUUUUUUUUUAAAUCGGGAGAUUUUAUUUCUAAAUAAAUGUUAUUAGGAUCAAGUGACUCAGCUAAUACUAGUCAGUAUUGAACUGAGCCCUGCUGUAGACCAUAUAGCUUUGUUUCUCUUGAUACCUGCAGCUAUGAUCACAUCUAGCAUUCAAUACAUUGAAGUAUAGAGACUCUGCGGGAAACAUUCAGUCUUAUUCUCAAGAUCAAGUAGAAGGUAGCGUUAGAGGGGCUGGUAACUUGCUUCUGUCCACAUAAAGCAGUGGUUCUCAACUUGUGGGUCGGGACCCCAUUUGGGGUCGAACGACCAUUUCACGGGGGUCACCAAACGCAGUCCACCAUUUUUUUUCCCCUUUUCCUUAGCUGUGCUACUCCCUUUUA